AUGGCAACAAAUUACUUCUCUAAAUGGGUCGGGGCUGCAGCUUAUAAGAAGAUCAGAGAGAAGGAAGUGAUUGAUUUCAUUUGGAAUCACGUAAUCUGUCGGGUUAAAAUUUCGAAGGAAAUCACUUGUGAUAAUGGCCCACAAUUUAUUGGAGCCAAAGUCACAAGUUUCCUUGAGGAGUUAAGCAUCAAAAGUAUCACUUCUUCCCCUUACCAUCCCAGUGGAUACAAUCAUGCGGAGUCAACAAACAAGACAGUUAUCUUGAAUCUGAAGAAGAAACUAGAAGAUGCCAAGGGAGCAUGGCCUUCAAAGUUACCGGAGGUGCUUUGGGCAUAUAGAACCACGAUGAAAUCUAGCAUCGAUGAAACUCCUUUCUUCCUGGUGUACGGAGCGAAGGCAUUGAUCCCGAUGGAAGUCGAAGCUCCUAACUCCUGGUACGAUUGGGCACAAAGACAGGCUAACUCUGAGGCAAUGUCGAUUCAGCUGGCUCUAUUGGAGGAACACAGAGACCUCGCGUACGUUCGGAUAAUGGCUCAAAAGCAGCAAAUGGAGUGA